GCCUUUUUUCUCUUCAACGCCGUUGCCCUCUCGAUCUCUCUCGUUAAGACGUAAACCCAAUCACUCCCCGCCGCGACGAUACCAAAAUUUUUUUUUUUUUAAAAAAAAAACCCUCCCCUCCUCCGCCGCCGCCGCCGCCGCCGACGACGACGACGACGACGACGAUGGUUCAGGCGAAGAGCAAGAAGCCGAAGCCACGGAAGCCGCAGCGCGACGCCGUAAAGAAGCAUGGGAAGGAUGCUAAUAUGACAGAAUUUUGUGCUCAAUUGGACACCCUAGGGUUAAAGAUAAUUCAAGUGACAGCGGAUGGAAAUUGUUUCUUUAGGGCUUUAGCUGACCAGCUAGAGGGCAAUGAAGAAGAACACCAAAAGUACCGUGCUAUGGUUGUACAAUACAUUGUGAACCACAGAGAAGAUUUUGAGCCAUUCAUUGAGGAUGAUGUUCCAUUUGCUGAAUAUUGCGAGUCCAUGGAGAAAGAUGGUACAUGGGCUGGCAACAUGGAAUUGCAAGCGGCUUCUCUUGUUACUAGAAGAAACAUUUGUAUUCAUCGGCUUAACUCUCCACGUUGGUACAUAAACAAUUUUAGCGGUCGUGAUGGUAGUAUGAUUCAUUUAUCUUACCAUUACGAUGAACAUUACAAUAGUGUUCGGCUGAAGGAAGAUUCUUGUCAAGGACCUGCUUUGCCGAUUAAUAUUAAGGCUGAUGCAAAUAUUUCUAGAGCAACACAUAACCCUAAUAUUGAAUCGAAAAGAUCCUUUCAUAAAUCUCCCUGGGAUGUGGGCUCAGUUAAGCUGGUUGUGGCCGGAACAGGCUGUAAUAACAUUGACAAAGUUGAGCAGGUUUUACGAGAAGUAGAUGGCGAUGUUGAUACUGCAAUUGAGUUUUUGAUUGCUGACCAGCAGGCAUCAGAUGGAAAUGACACUGAAGACAAAUCGUCUAAGGACAUCAAUCAUCAUGUAGACGAUGAUAAGGAGAAUUGCGAUCAACUGGAGGUGGAAAUAGUGGAGACAAAUAGCGAAAAAGGUGCAUCUACUAAUAAGAAAUUACCGAGAACUAGAGCAUGCUCUUGUGGAUCAACAAAGAAGAACAAGGCUUGUUGCGGUUCAACCACGACAAAAUCAUCUGCAGCACCUGGUAAAUCUUGUGCCGCAUUUCCACAUAGUAAAAGCAAAGGAGCUGCGAGUAAAGGGAAGAAAGGAAAGAUACAAAGUAAGAAAAAAGAAACAACAGGUGAAGAACCGCUUCAUCGAUCCGCACUGCUACCAGAUAUGGGAGCUCUUUGCAUUUAAUCAGUAGAUUCAAGGCACUUUUUGUUGGUUUGAAGAGAGUGUCGAGCUAAUUUUGAGGUGAGAUGUACUCCUUUGAGUCUCGACUGCGACACGGCAUGCGCGACACAGUAUAUUUCUCCCAGGUAAUGUGUAUUAUGGAAAUGGCGAUGUCCUGGUCAUUUAAUUGAUCAUAUUGGCUUAUUAUUUCAGGCCUUUAAUUGUGACAUGUACACAAUAUCGUCGGGAGGAUCAACGCCUCAAAAAGCACUUCUUCCUACGAGAAACACGUCUUGGAGAAUCUGCAGGUGCUUUUCAAGAUUCAAGUUACUUACAACUUGUCUAAAAAGCACGAAAAUUAUAAUUUGGGUUAUCAUUGUUGAAUGUUCAUGAACAGUUUCUUUUUCUUUUUUCCUUUACAUUCCUUAUGGUGCUUGUGGUUGUUAACCUAUAGUAGACAAUAAAUGAUAUAGUAUUAUGUGUAUUUGUUAUAAAUGCAGUAAAUGGCAAUUGCAUAUGAGCUCUCUUAAUGUUUAUUUGUGCUCAAUUGAAUUGUAAUGA